UAUCACAUGUCUUGUCCUGGGGACCCCAGCACAGAAAUCCCUCCCUCAGCAAACUAUAACUCCAAAAAGAGACAAAAACUAUAGAUCAAUGUCAACAUAAUUUCCAUAAAUUGGCAACCUUAAAUCCUCAAUCUCCUCAAACCCUCUUCUCAAUUCUUCCAAAAUCCUCACUUUCCUCAUAGGAAAAACAAAAAAACAAAAGAAAAAAUAUGAAAAACAAUCCUCCUCCCUCUCAAAACCUAAUGGUUCUAUUCAUUCUUCUUCUAUGUCUUAUUACGGACAGCUUAUCUUGCUCGCCCACUAGCCCUCGAAACAAAUACCACAUUUCUAAGUACAUCAGAGUGUCGUGCCGACAAACGCUGUACCCUAAAUUAUGUCAAAAAUCACUCGCAAAAUACGCAACUGAAAUCAAGACAAGCCCCAAACUCCUAGCCACCACUGCCCUUCUUGUCACCUUCAACACCACACAUUCGGUGUCGAAAAGACUGAGGAAACUGUCCGUAAAUCGGGCCUUGAAGCUUAAGCCCGGAGAAAUUCAGGCCCUGCUCGAGUGCGUGGAGGAGGUGAGUGACUCUGUGUAUGAGCUCCGGAAGUCCAUCAAAGAACUGAAUGAUUCACGAAAAGGGCCCGAAUUCGAGCUCCGAAUGAGUGAUGUUCAGACAUGGGUGAGUGCAGCCUUGACGGACGAUGAUACCUGUAUGGAUGAUUUCACGACAAGAGGGAAAGUCAAAGUUUUGGUCCGGCGUUUCGUCGUGAGGAUCGCACGUUUGACGAGUAUUGCUCUCGCCUUCAUCAAUAAUUAUGCUGCAGUUUGAACAGCUUAUACGUAUGUGUACUCCUCUAUACAUUGUAUGGUACGGUAUAUUGUAUACCUUGGAAAGCAUAUAUAUGUGAUCAAGUGUUAAUUAAGAACGCUUAUAUAUA